AUGACAGUACUUCAAGUAGAAGAUGGACAAGGAAGUCUUACAGCAGUUACAGUAGUUGAUGAGUCGAAUUCGACCGAUGUUCCGAAUUUAAAAGGUGAUUGGCAUAACAUUUUUGUAUUAAUAUUGCUGUACACAAUGCAAGGAUUUGGUACCAGUUUAACCAUAGGAGUGCCGAUUAUUUUGCAAGGCAAUAAAAACGUAACUUACAAAGACCAGGCUUUAAUUACUAUGGCGACAUGGCCAUUUAGCUUAAAAAUGAUAUGGGCACCUUUAGUUGACGCUCUCUAUAUACAAAAGGUAGGAAGACGAAAAUCUUGGCUAUUACCAGUUCAAAUUUUAAUGGGUGGGUGCUUCAUUUAUAUGGGAAUAAAUAUUGAAGAAUGGAUAUCUGCAGAUAGGGGAAAGCCAAAUAUAUUAAAAUUGUUUUAUCCGAUUUUAUUCGUUCAAGCUUUGGUAGCUACACAAUUCAUAGUCAUCGACAGUUGGGUACUAACAAUGCUAAAGAAAAAUAACGUGGGUUACGGACCAACUUGCAGUGUAAUAGGUUUUCCGUUUGGUACAAUGUUUGGCUCUUUUAUUAUGGUUGAGUUCACGUCAGAGAAUUUCUGUAAUAAGUAUCUACGAUUUACACCGGAUACAGGAGGAAUAACCACUUUACCAGAAAAAUGUAACAGGUUAGAAGACAACCACAGGAGAUUAAUUUGGAACAUUACGUUUGUUAUAUUUAUAUCUUAUACAACAAGAUUCAUAACAAUUAACGGAAAUAUAGGUUUUCCAAUACAUAGCUAUGCAAUUUUAGUGUUUCUUUUCAUAGUAAAUAGCAUUCUAGGCAUGACUAUGAAAUCAGCUAAAUAUACUUUAUUCAGUCGGAUAAGUGAUCCUCGUUUUGGCGGUAUUUACAUGGGUCUAUUAAAUACUUUUUCAAGUUGUGGAAUGUUUUCAUCGACUUCACUGGCAAUUUCAUUGAUAGAUUUUUUAACAUUGAAAGCAUGUUUAUUAAAUUAUAAUAACAAUUGUUCUACAUCAAGUCCAAACAACGCGUGUAAAACAAAUAGGAGUAGUUGCUUUGUAUUAGUUAACGGAUAUUAUGUAGAAUCGGUUCUGUGUAUAUUGUUUGGAAUCGGAUGGUACUAUGUUUUCAGUGGUACUUUUAAAAGUGCUCAAAUUAAGAGCUCUUCUCAUUGGAUGGUCAAUGUGAAGAAUAAUACAGUUAAGAAAAAUGAAACAACUGAAAACAAUGGUUGAAAAGCCAUAGUGAAACUUAUUAUCUUGCACAUGAAUAAACCUUAAUAGG